AUGUCGUCCACCCCUGCGCCGGGCGUCGCCGGCGCCGGCGAGGAGUUGUCCACGGAGGUUGUGGUGGUCCGGCACGGGGAGACCGCGUGGAACGCCUCCCGCAUCGUCCAGGGGCAAAUGGACCCGGAGCUAAAUGAGGCUGGCAGGCAGCAAGCCGUUGUGGUGGCCCGCCGGCUGUCGAGAGAAGCCAAGCCUGCCGCCGUAUACUCUUCUGAUCUGAAGCCAGCCGCUGAGACUGCUGAAAUCAUAGCGAGAGCUUGUGGUGUAUCAAAUGGUGGUGGAGAGAGCCUGAAUCAGCUGAAUGAGCGCUGCGUCUCCUGCCUGAAUAAGAUUGCCCAAGAACACAUUGGGGAGCGGGUUGUGGUGGUCUCCCACGGCGCAGCCAUACUGGAGCUCUGCCGGCACACUGACCCACCCAACAGCUUCAUCCGCAGGCACAUUCCAAAUACCUCGCUGAACGUUUUCCGUGUCUCCGGCGUCACCGCGCAGUGGACCCUCGAGAGGUGUGGAGACGUCAGCCAUCUCAAGGGAAAUGGCUUCCUGGAGGACUCGUUUGGGGGCGACGGGUCCUCGGCCUAA